GCAGGCAGCAGCAGGUGUGGACGGUUGGCUUAUUUCUUUAUUUUGGUGUGACUGCUGCAGCUCGCGGGCUCAUGCCACUCCGUGUGGUUGAACUGCAGCGGGUUUCGGUCCAGGUCCAGGUCCGGGUGUGAACCCUGUCUGUGCGGCUCCCUCUCGAGAUGUCGUCGGCCGAACAUGACGGAACCUUCAGCCAGCUCAAUAAGUUUGAGAAGCUGUCGUGGAGGCCCUCGAUCCGCGACUCAGGCUCCAAGAAGCGGGCACGGUGGCUUCAGGCUCGGCGCAUCUUCUCCCCUUCCUGCCCCAACCUGCGGAUCCCCAACAGGUUUCUGAGAGAAGGACACUGUGUACCUCCUGCCCGUAGCGGCCACCGCUGUGUUGCAGACAGCACCAACCUGUACGUGUUUGGAGGCUACAACCCAGACUUUGAGGAGGCAGGCGGGUCAGAGAAUGAAGACUACCCUCUCUUCAGGGAGCUUUGGCGGUUUCAUUUUGCCACAGCCACCUGGCAGCAGGUUCGCACAGAGGGUUACAUGCCCACAGAGCUGGCCUCCAUGUCAGCUGUCUUACAUGGCAACAACCUGCUUGUAUUUGGUGGCACUGGGAUUCCAUUUGGUGAAAACAACGGCAAUGACGUUCAUGUUUGUAACGUUCAGUACAAACGAUGGAACCUGCUUAACUGUAGAGGGAAGAAACCCAACAAGAUCUACGGACAGGCGAUGGUCAUCAUAAAUGGCUACCUCUAUGUGUUUGGCGGGACAACAGGCUACCUUUACAGCACCGACCUGCACAGGCUGGACCUGACCACAAGAGAGUGGACCCACCUCAAACCCAGCAACGCACCCUCAGAUCUACCCGAGGAGAGGUACAGACAUGAACUAGCUCACGAUGGACAGAGAAUAUACAUUUUAGGAGGUGGGACCUCCUGGACGUCAUAUCCUCUGGACAAGAUCCACGCAUAUAACUUGGAGACAAAUUACUGGGAAGAAAUAGUCACCAAACCCCAUGAAAAAAUAGGAUAUCCUGCUGCCCGCCGUUGUCACAGCUGUGUGCAGGUCAAGGAUGAGGUGUUUAUAUGCGGGGGAUAUAACGGCGAGACGAUCCUAUCUGACCUGUGGAAGAUCAACUUGCAGACUUUCCAGUGGACCAAACUUCCUGCCGCCAUGCCAGAACCAGCUUACUUUCACUGUGCAGCAGUUACUCCGGCUGGCUGCAUGUACGUCCACGGCGGUGUCGUCAACAUGUCCGGGAACAGACGGACUGGCUCUUUAUACAAAGUGUGGUUGGUGGUGCCCAGCCUGCUGGAACUGACCUGGGAGAAACUGCUGAAAACGUUCCCUCACUUAGCCCAGCUGUCCACCCUUCAGCUGCUCAGCCUAGGACUGACGCACACACUAAUUCAGCGUCUCAAAUAGACGCAGCACAGAGACUGAAGGAAGCGGUGUGUCAUGGAACAGCACUGACUCUCAAAUCACUGAUGACUUGGCAAACGAGUUCUCGAAAUGACAAAAAAGUCUGAUGUCAAACGAUUAUGAAAAACUUUGAAUGCCUUUUAACUUUAGUUUUAUGUAAAUGUGCGUGCUUUUUUUAAAGGGAUACUUCACCACAAAAUGACAAUUUGUGUAUCAGUUACUCACAGCGUGUGUUGAAUUUGUGGAGGAAACUUUGUGUUUCUCACAUGCCUCCACGGUGAACGGAAAAUCCAAAAAAGACGGUGGUGAGUGACUGAUACACAGCUGGCCAUUUUGCAUGUGAUGUAUUCUUUUAAAAAAAAUGUUUUGAGUUUGCAUGUAUCCAUCAGAAGCCAUGCAUCAGCACAGACACCAAAAUCACUUUUACUUGUGCUUUGCUCUCAUCAUUUUGGGGCCAAUAUGUAGAACAUUCCCUAGUUUUUUGGUUUUUUUAACUACACAUCACGGUCACGGAAACUUCUGGAGCAUGAGCAGGAAUAGUUAGACAUUCCAAAGACCUUAAAAAAGGCUAAUUGAAUGUUGCUUCAGCUAAUGUAAUUUUAGAUUCAAUUCAGAGACUGAGAUGAGCUUGUUUCAGGCCCACUGUGAAGUAGGUUAGAUUAAAAAUGAUCGUCAAACUAUGCUGAUAUAAACUCAAAGGGGAAUUGCGCCCAUUUUUAAAAUUUUAUACAUGUUGUUCUUUUGUCUAAGACAAAAAAUAUCAGUGAACAUAAACAAUUCUCUCCUAAAUCCAAGAAGUUUAAGUGCUAAAACUCAAACUUCAGAGGGUGUGAAGAGUGGAGCUGCUCCAUUGACAAUGAAUUGGGAAAUAUGUUCUAGAUGACACUUGAGAAUAGCGGGGGAAAUCUGAGUAUAUGGGUACAUUUUCUGUUUCAGAAUUGAGAACACUACAAUAGAUUAAAGCUUGUUUGGCUAUAAAAAAGUAAACACACAUACUGUGAGUCCUCAAAAUCAGGCUCCCAUUCAUUGUCUAUGGAGCAGCUCCAGACCUAAUACCCUAUGACAUCACAAGUUUGAGACUUCUGUGGUUUCUUGCUUUGAGAGAGAGCAGCUCAUGUCCACAAAUAUUGAUCAAACUUUCCAUGGCCAUGGAAAUAACAUAUCAGAAUUCUGAAUUUAGGUGGUGUUCCCCUUUAAAUUUCCAUCUAGUUAGUCAGAAAUCAGCCAGAUACUCUGAAUAGAGGCACGGCUGACAAAGCAUGGACACAUUGAAACUGUGAUACCUCUUAAAAGUCAAAUUAGGUCAGAUAUUUAAAGCAUGUUUUAGUCUUAGGGGCUUUCUGAUGCAUGCUGAUGUUGAGCUGCGAUCAUAAUCAUAUUUAAAAUGUUCGCCUCAGUGGUCACAUUAGCGCCUGAUGAAAACCCCAAAGCUUCUUUAAAACACCUGUGACAUGAUGGCAUCACUGUGACUCUUCUAGUGCCUCUUCUCCAUUCUUCCUCCUCUAGAAGAAACAAGUAAUUUAGAAAUGAAUUUUUACACCUGUAGCUCCACAGUGAUUCUUCAGCCUUUCUUUCCUACAUUUGGUGCCUUCUGAAUUUCCAAAAUGUCACUCGUUACUUUUGCAUCUCUGUAUAUCAGUCUUUUUUUUAAGAUUUUAUUUGUUUAUCACUCUGAACUGUGCACACGAAGCCUUUUCCCCCACGUGAUUCACCAGGUGUUCUCUACAUGAGCCUUUCGUCGCUGAACCUUUCCGCACAUGAUUUAACAGAAGUCGCUGCUCGCAGCUAAAGAUUUUUCAGACAUUUUUUACCUAUUUAUUUUCAUCACUGUGCUGCUGUUUGAUUUUACUACAGAACUUUGAAGUGUAGCAGAAGGUGUAGCUACGUUUCUCUUUCACCUGAUGUCAUUUUACCCCAUUUUAACCUUUUAUACUUUAACGUAGGCUGUAUUGUUAUUUUUUACUUUUGUUUUUUUCCCCACAGGACAUUGUGCUGUAAUGCUGUGGUACUUUAAAAACAAGUGGCAUGGGGCUUUUUAAACUAGUGGCAAGGUAGAGUAUGUAAGGCGUACUCAGGAUGUGUUAAUACUGUGAUCACACUCAGUCUGUAGAGCUACGCAAACACUGACCAGGAUGUCAACAGGCUCGCUCAUUUUUCUGAGGAAUGGCGACAUGACUUUGAUGAAUUUUGUGGUUACUGCGGACUGUAAAUCUUAAAUACUGUAGUAACACUCCCAGCUGCUUGUGUUGAGUCACAUUUGCCUCCUUUCUCACCUGCUUUGUCAAACUUUACCUUGAAUUUGAAUAUUAGCAUUUUAAUUCACACGACUAUCGGUAUAAUACUAAGCUGACUCAUCUAUUAUAUUAUAAUGCCCGAUGUUCACAUUCAAAACUCCACCUCAGUUACUUUGUGUUACGUUUGACAUGUUAUGGCCUUAUUUAUAUCUUACCAUGAAGCAACAGCUUCACUACAUGCUCGGACUUGGUAAAUGUACUGCCUUGCUUAAACUGAGAUGUUUAUAUUUGCAUAAUUUUUGAUGUAAAUGAAAGUAAAAAGACCUCUUUUGCAUGUCGGUACGGUGUGCAUGCCACAUUACAUGAAGUCUCGGGAGAAAAGGUGAAUGUCUCCUCAAAAGCAAUUAUGGCUGUACUGUACAUUAUGUUUUGUAAUUCCUGUCUGUACAAACA